AUGCACAGGUUGGUGGGCCUGGGAUACUUUUGGGGGGCGUUGAGACACCUGUUCUCGGGGAAAGUAUGGUACUACGUUGUGAACUGUCUGGGGGUCGCAGCCUCAAUUUUGGCCAUUCAGUACGUGUUUAAAGGCGGCCGUGGAGAUCAAGCGGCCGGGGAAGAGAACAGAAAUGUCAACUCAGAAACAGUUGAGCCCCACAGAGAGGAUAUCACCGACACUCUGCAGAAUACACAAGAAGACGCACAAGAAGACGCACAAGGAGACGCACAAGAAGACGCACAAGGAGACGUACAAGGAGAAGUACAAGAAGACGCACAAGGAGACGUACAAGGAGACGUACAAGAAGACGCACAAGGAGACGCACAAGGAGACGUACAAGAAGACGCUCAGGAAGACGAGCAAGGAGACGCACAAGGAGACGCACAAGGAGACGUACAAGAAGACGCUCAGGAAGACGAGCAAGAGGAUUUCACGUUCCACGACCGGUACUUUGAGCACGACUACGAGUGUGACUACGACUCGACCUGGGACACGGCCCCGGAGGACUCGGAGGAAAACGCACUCGGGGGGCAGAAUGAGCGCACCAAAGUCUUCAAGGCGCACUCUUACAAAUUUGAGAGAUUCAAAGCAGCUGCCAGGGAUCUGCAAAAUUACAGACACGACUAUCCGAUCAGACCCUAUCGGUGUUGGAAUUAUCAAGACAGUGACAAAGUUGAAUAUCCAAAUUUGGAUUUCUACCUCGGAAAGUUGCCCUCUUCACCUGAUGAUGUUUACAUAUGGGACUUCCAUACAAUGUGGAGAGGACAGUAUGACAUAUUGGAGUCCGUCCACACCUAUAUUCAAUGGUUGUUUCCACUGCAAGAGCAAGGAGUGAAUCCAGAGGCCCCCACACUCACCAAAGAGGAAAUACAGGAGUUUUGUCAAAAUGAUACAGCAAGAAAAAACCUUCUGGAAUCAUACAAGCUCAUGUUGGAUUUCUAUGGAAUUGAGCUGAGUGAUGAAGAUACUGGGGAAGUGAAGAGAGCGCCGAACUUCAAAGGCCGAUUCAGAAAUCUUAACACACAUACUCACAACAACCUGAGGAUCACCCGGAUGCUUAAGUGCAUGGGAACUCUGGGAUUCAAACACUACCAAGCUCCUCUGGUCCACUUCUUCUUGGAGGAAACUCUAGUAAAUGGAGAACUUCCAAGAGUCAAGGACAGUGUGCUAAACUACUACCUGUUUACAGUGUGUGACAAACAAGAACGCAGAAGUCUUCUCAACUUUGCAUAUCUCAACUUUGACAAAAGGGAAGAGUUUGUGUGGUGUCCCAAAAAAAUACAAAUAAAAUGGGAAAAACAAAAUUCCACAUUCAAAAAGUAA